GUUAAGUCGGUGGGUCAGGAAGUAGACGACAGUUGCUGAAUAUCAAAAGGGAACUCGUGCGGGUACCGAAAGUUAUUUUCCCCCCUUUCUUUUCUCGGACAACUAAAACGAAAAAGAAGAGAACUGACUCGGACAAGUGUCAGGAUGUCGGCGUCGGCUGUGUUUAUUCUGGAUCUCAAAGGGAAGGUGCUGAUAUAUCGAGAUUACAAAGGAGAUGUUAGCAUGUCUGAAAUUGAUUUCUUCAUGCCAGUGCUAAUGCAACAGGAAGAAGAGGGGUUGCUGUGUCCACUCAUCUCGCAUGGCAAAGUUCAUUUCUUAUGGAUUAAGCACAGUAACCUGUACUUGGUGGCUGCAACCACAAAAAACUCCAAUGCUUCCCUGGUGUACACCUUCCUCUACAAGCUAGUGGAGGUGCUGACAGAGUACUUUAAAGAGCUGGAAGAGGAGAGUGUCCAAGACAAUUUUGUAGUUGUCUAUGAAUUGCUUGAUGAACUUAUGGACUUCGGCUUUCCUCAGACAACAGACAGCAAAAUCCUGCAGGAAUAUAUUACUCAGCAAGGCAACAAGUUAGAGGUGGCAAAGCUGCGUGUUCCCACAACAGUGACCAAUGCCGUGUCCUGGAGAUCAGAGGGCAUAAAGUACAAGAAGAAUGAAGUCUUUAUUGAUGUCAUUGAGUCUGUCAAUCUGCUGGUGAGCGCCAAUGGCAAUGUGCUGAGUAGUGACAUUGUGGGAAGUGUCAAGUUGAAGGUCAUGCUGUCUGGAAUGCCGGAGCUGAGGCUUGGGCUAAAUGACCGAGUGCUGUUCUCUCUCACUGGCAGAGACAAAGGUAAAUCAGUAAUGAUGGAGGAUGUGAAGUUCCACCAGUGUGUGCGUCUAUCUCGCUUUGAGAAUGACCGCACUAUUUCUUUCAUUCCACCUGAUGGGGACUUUGAAUUAAUGUCUUACCGUAUCAAUGCCCAGGUGAAGCCGCUAAUCUGGAUUGAGUCUGUAAUUGAGAAGUUCUCCCACAGCCGAGUUGAAAUCAUGGUCAAGGCAAAAGGUCAGUUCAAGAAGCAGUCUGUGGCCAACAGUGUGGAAAUCAUGGUUCCUGUGCCAAGUGAUGCUGACACACCACGCUUUAAAACUAGUGUGGGUAGCGCAAAGUAUGUCCCAGAGAAGAAUGUUGUGGUUUGGACCAUCAAAUCAUUCCCAGGAGGAAAGGAGUUCCUAAUGCGAGCUCACUUUGGGCUACCCAGUGUGGAGAAGGAUGAGGAAGAAGGAAGGCCACCGAUCACUGUCAACUUUGAAAUUCCUUACUUUACAGUGUCUGGGAUCCAGGUUCGGUACAUGAAGAUAAUUGAAAAGAGCGGCUAUCAGGCUUUGCCUUGGGUCAGAUACAUCACUCAAAGUGGAGAUUACCAGCUGAGAACAAAUGCCUAAGCAAUGACAACUCUCCAGGGAUGGACAAGAACAUCGUUCACUUAGAAAAUAGGAAUUCUGGAUAUCCUUUAACUCUAGAAAGUAGCAAUCCAAAGUGCCUCGCUAUAAGAAGGUUGAACAUGAACCUGACAUUUUGUGAUGUCAUCUUAACUCUUGUAUUUGUCAAAUCUAUUUAAAUAACAACUUUGCAAAGCUUCUUAUAUUUAGCAUCAACAACAAAUGUUAUUUAUGUAUGCAUGCCAGGAGUACAUCACAUCUCAGCCAUAUAACAUUUGACAAGAGCAGGCCAUUCUGUCCCACUAAGCUUCUCAAAUCCUAUUUCCCUGAUGCUUCCAACUUUGUAGAUAAAAGAUACCUUGGUGGCCGCUUUCUACCAUUAAGCUAAGUAACUGAUUCCAUGCUACCUUCAAUGUAUGGUCUCGUGUCCUUGCCUUACAAAAUAUUUUGAAGGUGCAAUCAGCUUACUCCAUUCAUCAUUCUGAAUGCUUAACUAAGCUUACUUUUGGUCUAUUACACUUUACAAGUAGCUAAUUGCCUUCAAUCCUUAAAAAAAUGUGUUCUUUACAUCCUGUAUUUAAGUAAAUAUUGCUUUAUGGUAUGUUUACUCUGCCAAAUGCUGUUAUGUAUUUGUGACAUUCUGAUCAGAAUUGUUGACAAUAUUUAGAAUUACAAAUGAGUACAGAGAAGGACUCAAUCUGACCCAACAUCUUAUUUGUACAGUCUGGUUGUGGACAGUCUGCUUUGACUCUUAAAUCUUUCUUGUUAUAACAAAAUAAUAUCUAGUUAAUAAAUAUUUUUCAUAAAACAUGAA